AUGUCAUCCGAAAAUGAAACCGUGUGGAGGAGCUCCGCAGCGGAGAACGGGACAGCAGCGAGCACGUUCGGUCAGCGGCGAGCACGUUGGGUCAGCAGGCCUCUGUGCUUCGUGCUCCGCUUGCUGCACAGACCCGGAGGCCUGCGGAACCAAGCCGCUUGUCCGGCUGUGGCUACCGAGCCGGCUUUCGUGAUCCCCGUCCGAGAAUGUUUACGGUGGCCCAAUGCUUCUUUAAAAGCCCCGGAGGAGGCUGCGGCCAUCAAGAUCCAGGCCUGGUGGCGGGGGACUCUGGUGCGGCGGACCCUGCUGCACGCGGCCCUCCGCGCCUGGAUCAUCCAGUGCUGGUGGCGGGUGGCUUACUCACGACUGCUCGAUCGGCGUCGCCUCAUGGUGCUGCAGCUCUCCACGAGGCGGGAGUGCGCCGUGGUGAAGCUUCAGGCGAUGGUGCGCAUGUGGCGGGUGCGACGGCGCUACCUGAGGGCUCAGGCUGCCGUGCGCCUCAUCCAGAUGCGCUGGCGCAAUUGCCUGACCCGGGGGUUCAUGCGUGGUCGUUACCAGAUCACAGCCAGCGGCCUGGCGAUGGAAAUGCAGAUCCUGAUUUCCUAG